AUGGCGGCCAUGCUUCAAUGCACGCGUUUGUGCAGACGACAUCUUUUCACCCGAGUUGUGCGUCGCAGCCGCCAACUUCCCGUCGUUUGGCACGACGGAUGCGGCCGAUACUUUCGCUGUCACUUCAAAACUCAAGCAAAAUGGAUGCCGCAAAAUAUUUUUCUUCAGAUGCAACUCGUCAGAUGCGCCACUCAAGCGACAGUCGUAGAAACACUCCCUCCCACUCUUUAUUUCCCUCAUAAAUUUCUCUAUCGUCAUCCUCUCUCUCACCUCUCUUUCUUUUUCUCUCCUUUCUCUCAACCCUCACUCCUCUCUUUCCCUCCCUCUCCUUCUCUCCUCUCCUCUCUUCUUCCUUCACCCCUUUCUCUCCUUUUCACCUUUCUCGCACCACUCUCUCUUCCUCCCUCGCCUCUUUCGCUUUCUCUCCUUGCUCUCCUCUCCCUUCUCUCUCACCUCUCUCUCUCUCUCUCUCUCUCUCUCUCUCUCUCUCUAUGCUAUCACCUCUCUUUCCUCUCUUCCCUUCUCUCACUUUUCUCUGAUCUCUCCUUCAAAUCUCUCCCCUUAUUUACCCUCUCUUUCAUUUUUUCUCACUUUGGUUAUUUUCUUUUCUCUUUCUCUUUCUCCCCCUCUCUUUCUUUCUCUCUCUCUCUCUCUCUCUCUCUCGCUCUCUCUCUUUCUCUCUCUUUACCAUCUGCCUCUUUCUCUCUCUCUUUUCAAGUAAUGGAUAUAUUUGUUCGGUUACAUCUUUCUAUCUUUGGAGAGACGGUCACACGCAUGACCCUAUCAAUCCUCCAUCGCCUUUCUCAUACAUUACGAGCACUCAAAAAAAAUCUCUAA